AUGGCAGAAGAGCAAGAAGUAGUGGAAGUAAAUUACGAAGAACAGUAUAGAAUACUGUCAGAAGAGAAUAAAAAACUCUCCAUAGACAUCGCUAGUUUACAACUCAGCAAUAGGAGUUUGGUUAAUCAAAAUCGUGAUGAAAAGAAAAAAGUUAUGGAUUGUCGCCUUCAAAUUAGCGAUUUAGAAAGUCGUUUGCGAACGCUAGAUAGCAUCAAGACUGAAUUAACUGAAAGCCAAACUCAAGCUGAGCGUUUGCGUCAAAGUUUGGAUGCUAACGAAACAAAAUUGGCGGCUACCGAACGUCGGGCUACGGAGGCGGAGAGUCUUGUUAAGGUAAAGGAUAGCAUUAUUGAAAAGCAACGGAAAUUUUCUAAAGAGCUGGAAGGGAAGGUUCAGAACCUCUCUGAGGAAGUGGAAGGUUUAAAAUCGAAAUGUGGUAAAUUAGAGGUGACUUUAAGCGAGGCCUUGGAUAGGGCGGAUGAAUGUGACCGUUUGCGUGAAAAUGUGGCCGCGAAAACCGCGCUUCUGGACAAAAUUGCCGAGUCAUCUGGGGGUGUAAGUGAAAGUGGUUUGGCUGCUGCCAAUCAGUACUUUAAAGAACAGGAGGCUAAAUUUGUCGAACAGUUGGCGGAAAUGAAGCAGGCUAAAAGUGAGCUUGAAAGAAGCGUGAAGGACUUGACCGACGAACGCGAUUCCCUUCAAGAGAAGAUUGAGAACCGGGAUGCGGACAUUGAAAGCUUGAGAGAGAAGUGUGCUAACUUGGAAGCAUCGGUAAAGGAGUCGAAACACUCGGACAAGCGUACGAAGGGCGAUAUGGCAAAUAACCGCUUGAUUGGGCCGUCGCUCCCACCGUGGAUUCUAGAGGAGAAGAAACCUGAUCCGAGUGAAAUAGAAAAGCUUAAUAAUGCGGACCCGGCCACUCUCCGGGCUCGUGUACUUGAUUUGGAGGGUAAAGUACACGAGCUUAAUCAGCUUCUGACCUACCGAGAAGAUGUCAUCCUCCGAAUUUACCAGGUAACGUUAACCGUUUAUACUCCGAAGUCUUUGCACGCACUCUUCCUUUGUCAGUCGGCUCGGAACGAGAUACAAAAGAAGGCCUCUCGACUAGAGGCGGCGGAAGUGGAACGAUCCAGUCUUUCCGCUCAGGUCAGCAUUCUUAAACGAGAACUCGCAACCUUGCGUGAGGAUGGAGGGCUACGCGGUGGCGGUCGGCGUUAUGACGGCUACCCACCCGAAAUUGAGAUUGAAAUCGAACGACUUCGGGGUAAAAGGGACCGCGAGUACCAGCGGAGAAAGCGGGCGGAAGCAGAGAUGGAUGAGAUGGAAGUGGAGUUGAAUGAGGUGAAAGAAAAAAUGAAGAAAGUGGAGGAGGAGUUGGCUGAGAUAGCCAAUGCCCCAAAACCGGUUAUUCACUCUGGCGACCCGGCUGAUAAGGCUCGCAUCACCGAGCUACAAACGGCAGUCAAUCAGCUGCGCUUGGACAAUGAAGCUAAGCGCUCAGAACUGUUUGAUCUCAGGUCCCGUUUUGACGAAAAAUCGGCCCAAUUGGAGUCUUUCUCUUCAGAGAUGAAGACAAGGGAGCGUCAGGUGAACGAUCUGACGGCAGAGUUGACUACCAAGACGACCCAAUUGGAGCAGGUGAACAAAGAGCUGGAGGCAGUGCGUCUUCGCGUGGUUCGUGGAGGCGUUGAGACGGAGCGCUGGCAGACCGAUUUGAAUAGUGUGCGGACCACCAAUCGCUUUCUCGCUCAACAGACCAAUGAACUGCGUCUCCGCCUUACCACUACCGAAGCCCAAUUGAUUGAUGCUCAGAAACGCAUCGUUUCUCUUUUAAAAUCCAAAAGUGACGCACCACUGUGCAACGGAGUUACCGAAGACGACGAACUAUUAGCUAAAGACAAAGAGAUCGCAGACUUGAAGUCCAAGGUCACUGAUAUUGAAUCACAACUUACCAAAGCGAAGGAAAAUGUUGCUGAUUUGGAGGCUUCCAGAUCUGAGAUUAACGAAUUGAGAACUAAGUGCGCUGCUCUGACGGUCGAGCUUGAGUCUGAAAAGCAUCGCGUCAACUCAGAAACAAUACAAAAUUCUGACGACACACACCGAAUUACACAGCUACUGUCCGACCUGAAGAAGGAGCACCAGUCAUCCACUGCGUACGCUGAACGUUGCACAGAACUGACGAAACAGUUGACUGAGCUGGAGUCGACUCUGGCUGAGACUCGUGAACGGUUGAACGAGGCGACGAGUGAGAAUCGACGCGCUGAUUUGGAGCAGGCUGCUGCCCAUGCGGUCGGCGCAUCCUCUCCUCCGGCGAAACGGGUUAGGCGAACCCGUUCCAGCAACGCAAACGUUCCUGCUGCCGUCUCUCAGGAAUGCGCUGCUUGUACGGAGCUCAAGCGUCACGUUCAGGCUCUUGAAAGCGACCUUGCCGAUGCCAACACGAAGAUUGGCAACUCUGUCACAGAGUUAAAUGAUUUGCGAGCACGACUGAGUGAAGCGGGUGAAGAAGCAUGCAGACUGCGUCAGGAGGUCUCGAGUCUUCACGAGGAUUUGGCUGCCAAUGCUAGCGGCCUUAAGAAGCUUCGUCACGUGGCUUGCGCCUACCUUGAAGACAAAUCGUCAUCGGUCCUGGCCGAGCAGCUACGCCAACUCCUGGCGACUUCAAUGCGCCUCUUGCGUUGUCUGGCUGCGUCUUGCCACCCAGUGCGGUUAUUCCCCUCCCCACUGACCUACGCAGCUCAACGAUGCGUUCAGACCUUCGGCAUGCGGUUCGGCUUCUGGUCUGGAUUGAGGUCCUCUCUCAGUGCGCUGAAUAGUCUGACUGAGGUGGAGGGUCGACUGGUUGGCACUGAUGCGAUGGGAAAUCGAUACUUUGAAGCGGAGCCAGAUAGGGAUAGUGAGGUUCCGCAUCGCGCAGCUAGACCGAAACGCUUCUUCCUUGUUCCCGGGCAGAAGUCUAUUGAGGACUCAUGGGUGCAGUUGAAUACUGAACUUCCGCGUCUUCCGAGUGAGUGGGAUGCGUGGCUGCGUUAUAGACGUGCAGACCCGCCUACACUGGAGGAAAUUGAGAGGAACACGAAGGCUGCCCAAAUACGUGCGAUUAAGGGUCGUGAAAGCGAGGCAUGUUUUUGCAUUUGCGCCUUUUGA